AACCACAGCCUGAAGAAGCUGCAGAAGUUCCUGUCGGACACGCAUGCCCUCCUCCCCCCCACUGGGCCCCCCCGCUGCAGCCUGCAGCAGCUCAGGCGCUCGCUGAGAGACCUGCAGCACACGGAGCUGCUCUUCCAGAGGUAUCAGUGCAGUUUCAUCCACACGCUGGAGGUCGGCCGGCAGCUCUUUGCCAUGGGGGACGAGGAGACCCAGACUCAGCUGCAGACGGAGCUGGGGACCCUGCAGGAGGAGUGGGACAGCCUCCAGUCUCAGCUGGGCCGGAGGGUGGACCUCACCGAAGACAUCGUCAAGAACUGGGAGCACUGCCAGGCCGGACUGGGCCACAGCGAGCUGCAGCUGAAGGACCUGAAGACCCUGGUGAACCAGAUGAUUCCCCAGUGGGACGAGGAGCUGCAGAGGAACCAGAGUGUCAUCAAGGAGAACGAGGACUCCCUGGAGGACUGGGCCCAGAGCCUGACGGAGCUGAGCACCAUGAAGACGGAUCUGUCCCAGUACAUCAUCGCAGAGGACGUCCUGCUGCUGCAGGAGCAGGUGGAGCACCUGCACUGCCAGUGGGAGGAGCUGUGCCUCAAGGUGUCUCUGCGUAAACAGGAGAUCGCCGACCGCCUGAACGCCUGGAUCAUCUUCAACGAGAAGAACAAGGAGCUGUGCGAGUGGCUGACGCAGAUGGAGAACAAGCUGCCCAACAACUCCGAUCUCAACAUCGAGGAGAUGGUGGAGAAGCUCAAGAAGGAUUGUAUGGAGGAAAUCAACCUUUUCAGUGAGAACAAAACGCACCUGAAGCAGCUCGGAGAACAACUGAUCAGCGCCAGCAACAAGACCAAGGGGACGGAGAUCAACGACAAGCUGAAGGACAUCAACGACCGCUGGCAGCAUCUGUUCGACCACAUCCAGUCCAGGGUGAGGAAGCUGAAGGAGACGCUGGUGACGGUGCAGCAGCUCGACAAGAACAUGAGCAACCUGCGCUCGUGGCUGUCUCGCAUCGAGGAGCAGCUCUCCAGGCCGGUGGUCUACCACGUCUGCCACGGAGACGAGAUCCAGAGGAAACUGGCCGAGCAGCAGGACCUGCAGCGGGACAUCGAGCAGCACACGGCGAGCGUGACCUCGGUGCUGACGCUGUGCGACGUCCUGCUCCACGACGCCGACGCCUGCGGCUCCGACUCGGAGAACGACUCCAUCCAGCAGACCAGCCGGAGCCUGGACCGGCGCUGGAGGAACAUCUGCGCCAUGUCCAUGGAGAGGAGGAUGAGGAUCGAGGAGACCUGGCGUCUCUGGUGUAAGUACCUGGACGACUACUCCCGGUUUGAAGACUGGCUGAAGAGCGCCGAGUUCACCGCCGCCGACCCCGACUCGGCCGGCGUCCUCUACACCAGCGCCAAGGAGGAGCUCAAGAAGUUCGAGGCGUUCCAGCGGCAGGUUCACGAGCGCCUGACUCAGCUGGAGCUCGUCAACAAACAGUACCGCCGCCUGGCCCGCGAGAAUCGAACCGACGCCGCCAGCCGGCUCAAGGUGAUGGUGCACGAGGGGAACCAGCGGUGGGACAGUCUGCAGAGGAGGGUGGCCGCCGUGCUGCGCAGACUCAAGCACUUCACCUCUCAGAGAGAAGACUUCGAGGGAACCCGGGAGGCCAUCCUGGUCUGGCUGACGGAGAUGGACCUGCAGCUCACCAACGUGGAGCACUUCUCAGAGAGCGACGUGGAGGACAAGAUGAGACAACUCAACGGCUUCCAGCAGGAGAUCACCCUCAACACCAAUAAGAUCGACGCCCUCAUCGUGUUCGGGGAGAACCUGAUCCAGAAGAGCGCUCCUCUGGACGCCGUGCUGAUCGAGGACGAGCUGGAGGAGCUGCACUCCUACUGCCAGGAGGUGUUUGGACGGGUGGCCCGAUUCCACCACCGCCUGGUCAACAGACGCCCGGUGCUGGAGGAGGAGAGGGAGCUGUCGGACCGGGACUCGGACCUGGAAGACUCGACCGAUCUGACCGACGGGACCUCGUGGGGAGAAACCAGGAAGAAGGAGGAGGAGCUUCCAGCGGGGGGCGGGGUCUCAGCGGAACGCCAGGCCAUGUGUCACCUGGUGGCUCCUCCCCUGGAGCGGUCGGGCCGAGAGACGCCCGUCAGCGUGGACUCCAUCCCGCUGGAGUGGGACCACACCGUGGACGUGGGGGGGUCGUCGUCCCACGAGGACGAUGAGGACGCCUCCUUCUUCAGCGCGCUGUCAGUGAAGUCAGUGAGCGCCCCCCCCAGCUGGCACCAGCCCCGCUCCCCCGACAGGAAACGAGUUCCCCGAGAAAUCCUCCGAGGCCUGAGCUCGUCCCCGACACCCACCAGCAGCCCCCCCUUCCACCCGCAGGGCUACGCGAAGCUGAUGUCGGAGUGCAGCGGCAGCAUCGACCGCGUGAAGAGAGUGAAGCUGAUCCUGAACGACGAGGAGGAGGAGCUGGAGGAGGCGGGGCUGACGGGCGGCAUGGCCGACAAACACACCAGCACGGGUGUGAUCGAGCGCUGGGAGCUGCUUCAGGCUCAGGAGCUCAGCAGGGAGACGGACAUCAAGCAGGACCUGGAGCAGUGGCAGAAGCUGAACUCCGACCUCAGUGAUGUCACUUCCUGGCUGGGCCGGGUGCUGCCGGAGCUGGAGAGGCUGCAGCGCAUCGCACCGUCCACCAGCGUCCGAGACAUCGAGGUCAACAUCCGGAAGCUGAAGGAGAUGCAGAGGAGCUUCAACAGCUACAAGUGUCCGAUGAUCUCCAUCAACCUGAACAGUCGACACUUCCUGCGCGGAGACAGCGCCGAGCUGCUGGAGCUGCAGGAAGCUCUGAGCGCCGCCAACCUCAGCUGGACGCAGGCGAGCGGCGGCCUGGAGAGCUGGGAGAGGAGGCUGCACGCCGCCCUCAUGCAGUGUCAGGAGUUCCAGGAGACGCUGCACUCUCUGUUGCUGUGGUUGUCUCAGGCCGAGAACCGACUCCACGCCGUGAACGCCAGCGACCUGUCGACCUCCCGCUCCGAGCUGCUGCAGCGCAGAGACGCCCUGAUGGCCCUGCAGGAGGAACUGCGUGGCCGUCAGCGCCAGGUGACCUCCCUGCAGGAGAUCUCAGCUCAGCUCCUCCUGGAGGCCACGGGACACGACAGCCUGGAGGCCAAGGAGAAGGUCCACGUCAUCGGCAACAAGCUGCAGCUCCUGCUGCGACAGGCGGCCGCCGACCUGCACAUGCUGCAGGGACGACUGUCUCAGGAAACCUGCUCUGCCACUUCUGAGAUGGACAGUAUGGGUCUGGGAACACUGAGCUCUGACCUGCUGCUGCACAAGUCGGACGCUCUUCAACCUGCAGUCGGACGAACAGCAGCCAGAAGAUCCAGGGAGGAGCGGAGGGAUCCCCCCCCACACCGACCCUUCUUCUACCGGGUCCUCCGAGCCGCCUUCCCCCUGCACCUGCUCUUCCUGCUGCUGCUGGUCCUGGCCUGUCUGGUUCCUCUGUCCGAGGACGACUACAGCUGCACCCUGUCCAACAACUUCGCCCGCUCCUUCUACCCGAUGCUGCGCUACACCAACGGGCCCCCCCCCACAUGAGCACUGCCACCACCACGAUGGGAAGGAAAGACAACCCCCCCCGGUUCAGGUUGAAAUCCAGAACGGACACUUCAGAGACACUUUCCCACAGAAACCCACCAGCUUCAUGUCCGAAGGCCUCAAUGUGUUUUUUAUUUGACUCUAAAUUUUAUUGGUGUAUUUAAAAUCGUAUAUUUAUUAUCUGUGCAACGCUACAGUUCUUUAAAACGAAGCCAUAUUUCUGGUCUGUUUCAAAGCAGUGUGGUUUUUAAAUGUAGAUUCUCCAGGUCACGUCUAAAAUACACAAAAACAAGUCCUGAAGAUUUAUUUUGAUAUUUAUAUUUUGUCGUUACCAAAGCAUCCGGAAGCUGAACGGUUCACUCGCCAUUUUCUACCACUGCAGCUGUUUCUACUGUUUUUUCACAGACAGCAGAAACUUGAUGGAAUCACAUUUUUGUACAGAAGUGAAAAGACGUUGGUGAGAUUUAGACGUUUUAUAACAUCUGAGCUUUUAAUAAACUAAAUGCUGGCAGUGACUCUUCUGCACUCGAGCCUUUCUGCAGCCAACACAUCAGAUAACAAUGAACCUGUCAUGGAUUGUGUAUAUAACCACAAACUUCAGAUCCAGAGAUAACGCAAAUGAUUGCUUUGUGUAUGAAUAAGUGUUUGAAAUUAAUAUAAAGUUCAAAUAGUUCAAGUGCCACAGACACAGUGUGAAAAAAAUGAAGACAUUUUAUUGUAAACGGUCAUAAAAGUCAAGAUGUGUUUCAGAUUAAAGCUGCGUUCGGCAACGUUUGACCACAAGGGGGCAGAAACACCCCCUGAAACACAGCCACGAUAAAUCAGUUAACUAAUCAAGUUCUUUAAGCGAACUUCACAGCGUAAAAACUGUAAAACAGAUGAAGCAGAGCAACAUCAUCAUCAUCAGCAGCAGCAGCAGCGGCGACUCAUCAACGAAAGUGACGUAUUUCCAGAACGUUCACCCUGAUGACGAUUGAUUUAAAUGAAUAUUAACAUAAUUAAGACCCAAGUAAACACGCGUCAGAGCCAGACCAACGUAUUUGAGACCUUUUGAGACCUUGUGAAAACGAGGGCUGCACGAUGUAUCCAAAAGAUUUACCGUCAUCCUGAUAUCAACAUGUGAGAUAAACAUAUCGUGAAAGUCUGCGUGAACUGUGAUUACAAAUGUUUCAUGUGCCUUAAAUGCUGCAUCCGUUAAUAUAUUUGACCAAUCAGAUGGAGCCCUGCCCCAGAUUAUAGAUCUCUCUCUCUAUCCGUCUCUCUCGCUCUGUCUCUCUCUGUCCUGAUCUGUCUCUGACUCUCUCUAUCCGUCUAUGGACACAUCCCAUUAGAAUUUGUAAAGUUGGUCUCUGGAGAUGGCGGCUCACUGGAUUUGGCUCAGAGUCAGAGAGGAGCAGUAAAUUACUGACCGGGCCAGUAAGAAUAGUAAGAAUAUAACUUUUCACAGCCCAAAUAACAACUUUUUAAUUUCCAGUGUCUGCCUAGGCCCUUAGCUGUGCAAGGCAGAACGACUUUAACAACUCAUAUCGUCAACGUUAUCGCAGGUCCUCCUGUUAAUGUGCAGCCCUGGUGUGGUUGUAAUAUCACGUGAGCGUCACACGUUCCAAAGGAAACCUUAUGAGCACAAACAUCACGCGUCAUCAUGUGUUUAAAACUCUGUCUCACCCGAACCCUCCACGUCUGACCGGGAAGUAAAACCAGGAAUUAAACAUUAAAUACGUGAACUCACAAAUACUUCUUCUUCCACCCGUGUCGUCCCGGAGCAGAAGGUGAACGUAAGCAAUUCUUUGUUGAUUGUAGCUGUGAACAUGCACAAUCAUUCAUGUUGCUCAUUUUCAUUGUUAAUAUGAAUAUCAGAGGAUUUUGUGUUAUUUGAUUUGAAACUUUUAAUCCUAAUUUGUAAAUAAUCUCUCGUGCUCGGCUCAGACGACCAAACACGACACAGACAAACGAGGAAGACGUGUGUAAAGUUUGAUUUUAUUUUGUGAACACUUAUUUAUGGGAUGUAUAGAUUGUUGUUACUGAUUGACAAUAAACUGUGUUUGCCAUG